AUGUCAUGUUCAAACAAAGCCACUACUAGAAGAACAGAAACUGGGCUUGAAUCUUCUGAACUGGACUCAAGUUCAAUACUUUGAACUUGUGAUGCUUCUGCUGAUAUUGACUCUGUCGAUGCUAAUGGAAACCGGCCUGCUGACUUGAUUGCCAGAGGUUGUCUUUUGGGUUUCCAUUCAAGGAAGAAGGUAUUGGAGUCUCUGUUGAGAGGCGAUGUUGGUGUGGUAGAAAUAGAUGUUUUUUGUGAUGGAGUGGUUUAUGAAACGGGGGUACAAGAACAGCCUGAGAUUUUGACACCCCGAAUAUCUAAAGAUGGAACUGAGAAGAAAGAAUAUCCUAUUGAUCUCACCCUUCCAGAUAUCAAGAAUGGGAUAUAUGGGACAGAUGAGUUUAGGAUGUAUACUUUCAAGGUCAAACCUUGCUCUAGGGCUUACUCGCAUGAUUGGACAGAGUGCCCGUUUGUUCAUCCUGGGGAGAAUGCUAGGCGCCGUGAUCCAAGGAAGUAUCAUUAUAGCUGUGUCCCAUGCCCUGAGUUCCGAAAGGGUUCCUGUAGGCAGGGUGAUGCUUGUGAAUAUGCACAUGGUAUUUUUGAGUGCUGGCUCCACCCUGCCCAGUAUCGGACACGUCUGUGUAAGGAUGAGACUAAUUGCAACAGGAGAGUAUGCUUCUUUGCUCACAAGCGUGAAGAGCUUCGUCCUUUAUAUGCCUCAACGGGUUCAGCAGUGCCGUCUCCCAGAUCAUUCUCAGCCAAAGGUUCUUCCCUGGACAUGGUGUCUAUCACCCCACUUGCCCUUGGUUCUCCAUCAGGUGUGAUGCCACCUACGACUACCCCACCCUUGACGCCCUCUGGGGUCUCUUCUCCAAUGGGUGGAUCGAUCUGGCAGACCCAGCCUACUGUACCUACACUGCAGCUUCCUGGUAGCAGGCUGAAAUCUGCAGUUCAUGCCAGAGAUAUGGAUUUUGACAUGGAGUUGCUUGGUCUAGAGAAUCAUCGACGUCGACACCAACAAUUGAUUGAUGAGAUUUCUGGUCUCUCAUCACCAUCCAGCUGGAGCAAUGGCAUGUCUGCUGCAUCACCCUUUUGUUCUUCUGGUGAUCGAACUGGAGAAUUAAAUAGGCUCGGCGGAGUGAAACCAACUAACCUUGAUGACAUUUUUGGAUCUCUCGAUCCUACGAUUUUGCCUCAAUUACAAGGACUCUCAUUGGAUGCUCAAGCAACCAAAUUGCAGUCACCCCCUGGCAUCCAGAUGCGUCAGAACAUUAACCAGCAGCUCCGAUCUAGUUAUCCUUCCAAUCUCUCUUCCUCUCCUGCAAGGACGUCUCAGUCCUUGGGGAUUGAUCCUGCCGGGGCCACUGCAGCUGCAGUUUUGAGUUCAAGGUCAGCUGCCUUUUCAAAGCGAAGCCAGAGCUUCAUUGAGCGGACUGCUGUGAAUCUUCAUUCUGGGCUUUCUUCACCAGCUGCUACCACGACUCUGAUGCCUUCUAACCUGGCCGAUUGGGGUUCUCCUGAUGGUAAGUUGGACUGGGGUGUGCAGGGAGAAGAGCUGAACAAGCUGCGAAAAUCUGCUUCUUUUGGAUUUAGAAGUGGUGGCAGCAAUUUGGCCGCCCCUGCGGCCUCAGAGCCAGCAACUGCUGACGAGCCAGACGUGUCUUGGGUUCAGUCCUUGGUGAAGGACACCCCUUCUGUGAAAUCUGGUCAACUUGGCUUCGAGGAUCAGCAGCAGCAGUGUCAUCUUGACACUGGAGUUUCAGAAAUUCUUCCCGCUUGGGUGGAGCAAAUGUAUAUGGAGCAGGAGCAGAUGGUGGCUUAGUCCUGAUAAGCCCAAUAUUGGUUUUCUAAAGUUUAACUUAACUAGUUUUUUUUUUUGCCAUUUUUUGAAUUUUUAUUAAUAUUCAUCAUCUGUAAGUGGAAAGAGACGGGGUUUGGAGAGCAUCAAAGUAUGCACCAAGGAAGUUGAGUAGGAUUAAAGCUUCUGCUCUUACCACUCUUUAGGUUCUAAUCUAAGAAUAAGUAGUUUACUUCUUUUCCCCUUUAUUUUGGUUCUCUUUUUAGCUGUUCUCAUAGUCAUCCCAAAAUGGAAGAUGUGGGAAGCACAAUCUCCUGCUGAUGGGAGUAGAGAAGCAGAUUAGUUCAAACUGCCUGGAUUCAAUUAUUUCAAUUUACAGAUGGAAGAUAAAAAGACAUACUGAUUUAUUGGUUUAUUUUUGAAUAUGUAUCUACCUCAACUUGUAAAAUUAAUUACGCACCUAAUAAAAUCUUAGCAUAUUAUUGAGUAA